AUGCUCUCCUGCAGACUCCUGCUUCUGCUGGGUCUCCUCCUGCUCUGCAAAGGUCAGGAGGAGAGUGGGGGGGGCGAGUCCUGCGAUAACUUCACAGACCUGAACCUGUCGCACUGCUUCAUGGGAACCGUCCUGUACGUGCGCCUGCUGCUUUACACCCGCUCCAACCUGGACUGCGGCCGCGAGCUGGAUCACCACCACCCCUCCUCCCAGCCGUUCUUCAACGUCUCCCGACCCACCGCCUUCGUCAUCCAUGGCUACAGGCCCACCGGAGCCCCCCCCAUCUGGAUCGACCACCUGGUGCAACUGCUGGCGGAGCAGGAGGACAUGAACGUCAUCGUGGUGGACUGGAACAAAGGAGCGGCAAACCUCAACUACUUCACCGCCGUCACAAACACCCGCGACGCAGCGCACAACCUGACAGGAUUCAUCAAGACCAUGCAGGGGGAAGGAGCGUCUCUGAGCUCUGUCCACCUGCUCGGCGUCAGUCUGGGAGCUCACCUGGCCGGAUUCGUAGGAGCAAACCUACAUGGGAAGAUUGGACGAAUCACAGGUCUGGAUCCGGCCGGUCCAAUGUUCACCAGCGCCAUACCAGAGGAGAGACUGGACCCGACAGAUGCCAUGUUUGUGGACGUGCUUCACACCGACAUGGAUUCGUUUGGACUGAGAGGAACUCACGGUCAUAUCGACUUCUACGCCAACGGUGGAGCAGACCAACCAGGGUGUCCAAAAACCAUAUUUUCAGGUAAAGCGUACUUUGUGUGUGACCACCAGCGCUCCAUGUUCCUCUUCCUGUGCGCUCUGAAUCGGACCUGCAGCCUCACCGGUUACCCCUGCUCGUCCUACAGCGACUUCCUGGAGGGCCGCUGCCUGCAGUGUGAGGCCUUCAAACCCGCACCCUGCCCCGUGCUCGGGUAUGAUAUGAGUCAGUGGAGAGACACGCUGCUGAAGCUGGGGCAGACCAGAGCCUUCUUCAGCACCACCAGCACGCUGCCCUACAGGAAGAUGAGCUACAGAGUGGACAUGGUGACCUGGAACCAGUACCUGCGCUGGGGUGUCGUCUACAUCCGUCUGCACACCGGAAGAAACUUCACUGAGGCCCGGAUAGAUCAUAAGCAGCUCAGGUUCGAGCAGUACACUUCCUCACGGCUACUGGCUCAGUUCGAUGAGGAUCUGCAGCAGGUGCACAAGAUCUCGAUGAGAAUCAACACCGGGAACGUGAUCGGCCCCCGGUACAAAAUCAGACUUCUGAGGAUACGCUUCACACCGCUGGAGCGCCCAGAGAGGCCUCUAAUGUGCCGUUUCGACAUCAUCCUGGAGGAGAACAUGGAGGUGGCGUUCCGACCGUUACCCUGCGGCUCAGGCCUCUGA